GUGUUGUGAAUUGUUUGUUGCGCUCUACUGGAUGGCAUCGUCCCAUUUCCACAACAGACUUCUUUCACCAUGGCAGUUGUCACGGAAAAGACACCGCUCGUCUCUUCCCUGCAUGACAGGAGUUCUAACCAACGAGACUCCAGGCACCACAACGAGGAGCUAUCCGUUACCUUCGCAGUGGCCGAAAACGGAAGAGGCCCAUCACCACGACGUGUUCGCGAAGGUGGAGUCGUUCGGCAACUCUCUGAUCGCCUAAUUGUAAUAAUCGCUCAUCACACUGGAUCCAUUGGGUGGCUGGGGUCCAUGUCAAUUGCAGUGAAUUCUUUGACGGGACCUGCUAUGGUAAAUCUCCCGGCAACGUUUGCCCGAUCGGGUGUUAUACCCACGAUCGGGGCACUCGUCUUCGUGUGCUUCCUCUCCUCUUUUUGCUCCAUGCAUAUGUCCAACACCAUUUCAAAAGUUGCGGGGAAUCACAACUUCAAAAAGGAAAUCGAGUUUAGUGAAGCAUUUCGCGCUUUUUGGGGACAUCGAUGGUUUCUCGUCACUCAAGUAAUCUUCUUUUGCUGCAUUACGUGUCUCAAUAUUAGUUCCAUUGUUGACACUGGUGAAGUUGUGGACACUUUUUUUGGACACUGGUGGCCUCGUGGAUCAGGUGCGUUUCAAAUUUCAGGCUCUGGAGACACACACUGGAUUCGGUGGGACUAUUCUAUAUGCAGUGAAGAGCAGCUACAUCAAGGAGAGUGUAUCCCUUUCCACGACGACCCCGGGACGCUCAUAACAGUGGGAAAGGUCGUCACCACGAUUAUAUUUCUCCCGUUAGCAUUAAUGGAUUUGAAGGAAAACGCAGCGUGGCAAAUUCUCGGCUUUGCGAUUCUCAUCGUCACAAGUUUGCAGUUUAUAAUUCAGUUCGGUAUGUCGGGCAUUGACUUCAACAACGUUUCUCUUUGGGGCAGCGAUUGGGAUGAUCUUCUUGGAGUUGUCUUGUUCAACUUCGCGCUUGUUAUUGCAAUUCCUGCUUGGCUGUACGAACGGGAACCCCAUGUUAACGUCCCGACGGUCAUUCACGGCAGUACCAUUCUGAGUACGAGUCUUUACAUUUGUAUUGGCCUUCUGGGGAAUCUAGCUAUACCCAAUGUGUCACAAAAUAUGCUGGAAUCUAUGAUGUCUGGGAUAAUGGGAAGGUUUAUGCAAAUUGGGGCAAGCAUCUUUGCGUUUGCAAUCAUUGGCCUCGGAAUUCCUUUGUUCAGCGUGCUGACAAGGCUGAAUCUGACUGGAAGCGGUCUUUGCUCCCGAAGAACUGGAAACAUUCUCGCGGUGUAUUUUCCAUUCACCGUAUCUUUGCUUGUGAAUGAUGCUGGCGAUGUCACGAAGCUCUUAUCUUGGGGAGGAGUCAUUUUCACCAGUUUGGUGGCAUUCAUUCUUCCCUUGCUAGUCGCGUUGCACGUCGUCAAGCAUUACGACAAUCCAGGAUCCAUCACGGUGUAUUUUGGCUUGUUGGAAUCCAAGUCAGCACACCUUUGCUCGUUGCGAGUUUUGCUAUUUCUUGCGAUUACUUCCGUCACCAUUGCAAUAGUAGGAAAUUUUGUGUGA